CGGAGGAAGGUCGCGCAGUGCAGAAGAGCUGCCGGCCUGGGUCAGCUCCUUCCUGCGGCGGGCUCGCAGCCCUCAGUCCCUCAGCUCUGGGAGCUCUGGCGAGAGUCUGCGCGAUGGGCGACCCGGAAAGGCCGGAAGCGGCCGGGCCGGAGGAGGAUGAGCACUUGUCUUCAGAUACAAAGGAGAAUGUGUUGGAGCCAAGUGAAGAGCCACUCCUAAGAAAGAAUUCCCGCCGGUUUGUCAUCUUUCCAAUCCAGUACCCUGACAUCUGGAAAAUGUAUAAACAAGCACAGGCAUCUUUCUGGACAGCAGAAGAGGUUGACUUAUCAAAGGACCUCCCUCACUGGAACAAGCUUAAGUCAGACGAGAAGUAUUUCAUCUCCCACAUCUUAGCCUUUUUCGCAGCCAGUGAUGGGAUUGUCAAUGAAAACUUGGUGGAGCGUUUCAGUCAGGAGGUGCAGGUUCCAGAGGCUCGAUGUUUCUAUGGCUUUCAAAUUCUCAUCGAGAAUGUUCACUCGGAGAUGUACAGUUUACUAAUAGAUACUUACAUCAAAGAUCCAAAAAAAAGGGAAUUUUUGUUCAAUGCAAUUGAAACAAUGCCAUACGUUAAGAAAAAAGCUGACUGGGCUCUGCGUUGGAUAGCAGAUAGAAAGUCUACUUUUGGGGAAAGAGUGGUGGCCUUUGCUGCCGUAGAAGGCGUUUUCUUCUCCGGGUCGUUUGCUGCUAUAUUCUGGCUGAAGAAGAGAGGCCUCAUGCCAGGACUCACUUUUUCAAAUGAGCUGAUCAGCAGGGAUGAAGGGCUUCAUUGUGACUUCGCUUGCCUGAUGUUUCGGUACUUGGUAAAUACGCCUUCGGAAGAAAGGGUCAGGGAGAUCAUUGUUGAUGCUGUUAAAAUUGAGCAGGAGUUUUUAACAGAAGCCCUGCCUGUUGGCCUCAUUGGAAUGAACUGUGUUUUGAUGAAGCAGUAUAUUGAGUUUGUAGCUGACAGAUUACUUGUAGAACUUGGAUUCUCAAAGGUCUUUCAGGCAGAAAAUCCAUUUGAUUUUAUGGAAAACAUUUCGUUAGAAGGGAAAACAAAUUUCUUUGAGAAACGAGUUUCUGAGUAUCAGCGCUUUGCAGUCAUGGCGGAAACCACAGAUAAUGUCUUCACCUUGGAUGCAGAUUUUUAGAGCCCUGUCCUCAUUUGGAAAUACACCGUAGAAGUUGGGUGUGCUGGCACACGCCUUGAGUCCCAGCACUCAAGGGAGGCCAAGGCAGGUGGACUUUGAGGACUGUCAGGGCUGCAUAUAGAGAUCUGUCUCAAAACCAAAGCUACAACAGCAGAAGUAAACUAACAAAACCAUAUAGAAACCUCUUGUUGGUAAAUAUCGAUUUAUUUUUCUGUCUUUCUGAAACUUUGAGUAUCUCAUUUAAGGGAAUGCGAGUUUGAAUAGAAAGAAGUCUAAAACUAAAUUCUAAACAACUGAUUUAUCUAAAUGCACCUCGUUUAUUUAGACAAUGAGAGUGUGACCUAAAUGCCCUUCCCCCCCCCCUUGUCUUGAGCACAUAAGAGAUCAUGGAUUGAGGAGUUAGAUAUGAGUUUGACAGCUGCCCUUCCUUCUUUGUGUGACCUUGGCAGGUCAGUUAAUCACUGUAAACUUCAGGGCAUUUAUCUGUAAAAUUUCUAUAAUCGGAAGUCCCAAAUUCAUGGAGUAGUUACCUCUACUACUAAUUAAUAUUAACCAUAAGAUUAAUUGCAUUGUGAUGCAGUCCACUCCUUUCCAUAGUGAUUGUGAUUCUGGGUUAGAUGAAGAGUUGGAAUUCAUUAGAUUCUUGCAUUUUUAAUGCUCCCAGUAAGAUUAUAAGAAUAUGAAACCCUUAGAGAGGUCAUAAUUCUCAUCAACCUCUCUGGAUUUCUCAGUCUGCAGUAAGAAUGUAGCUCGUAAUUGCUUAGGGUAGAAGGCUUGAGGAGUAGAAUCCAGAAGUUGCCACAGUUGUGAACCUUGCAAGCAAAGUGAUUCUUCUCCUGGAAUUAAAAAAAGAGAACCAUUGCCAGGGCAGCCCUGGAGUGUUCAGAACCGGGGUAGACAGGCAGUUCUCAACGCCAUGUUCUCGGAGCUGGUAGAUCGUCCAGAGUUCUUGUCAUAGAAAAAGAGAUUUGGAGUGGAUUUGGGAAAUACUGUACACUUCAUCCCUUCCUAGAAUGCACGUCAGCCCAGAGCUGGGGAGGUGCGGUACAGAAGAGGCUCAACACGAGCCUGCCGACGCCCUGCACAGCUCGGGAGUGCCCUGGGAAAAGCUGGCCAGAGUCAUGUAUACAGACUGAAAUGGACAAAAGAGAGAAGUGGCAGGGAUUGUUGGGCCAUUUCAGAUUUAUGCCAAGCUGAGAAAGCUAUUUAAGAUGGACUUCAUCUGUUUGUCUUUACACUUUUAAAUCUCUUUACAAUGUUACAAAGGAAUGAACUGUGUGUGCCGCAUAGUAAGACAGUGAGGGAGAUGGAAGUCUUUAAGAAAGAUGCGGGAAAGGCCAGGAGCCGGGACACCUGGGCCAUGUGCACCUCUUCAUUUCCAGGAAGCACCAAGAGGAAGCCGGAGCCCCGCCAAACCCUAGUUCCGUCUCAGUUCCUGCUGCGCCAACGUGGAGGCGGCGCCUACAUAAAAACCAAAGCAGCAUGCACUCAUCCACCACACACUCACACACACUUGCACAUGCAUACUCAUACGACACACACGAAGUACAAAUAAAGUUCUGGGCGCUGAAAUUCAGAGAUUCCUCCCUCUAUAGCUUUUUUAUUCCAUUUGUUCUACAACUAUCUGAUUGACCAAAACUAGGAAUUCUAAAUGAAUGUGAGAGGCAGGGCAUAAUUCCAUCGUUAGAGAGGCUGUCAGAAACGAAAUGUUUGCCAUGUGCUUCCCACUGGUCAUGUGGUUACCUGGCGCCCUUCUAAGCAUGACAGAGUAGCCAUUACUAAAACAUGGAGAGAGGGGUGAGGUCAGAGAGGCUGAAAAACUUAGCCAAGAUCCCAGCCACUGUCCUUCCACUGUAAGACUUUUAAGCUGCCACAUCGUUUAAAUUUUAUCCACUGUGAUUUAUUUUGCCUAUUCCUUUAUUAAAGUAUCACAUACUACCACAGCAUUAAUGCUUAUGAUGCUUUAGAGUAUCAAAAUAUCUAAGAGCCUGGGGUAUCUGAAUAGUAUGUUUCAAGGUGUUAAUCUACUGUCAUAAAAAACAUCUAAAUAUUAAUCCUCUCAGAUGAAAGAAAACAGUCUGAACAGUAUUUAAAUUUAGACCUUCCUCAUAAGUAGUGACAGGUGCUUCCAUGUGAUAACAUAUUAAUAGUCGAAAUAAGAAAAUUGCAUCUGGAAGAAGUCUUAACUCUGAAAAACUGAAUUUUCAAUUCACUGUUACAUUACUGCAUUCAGUAUUCCAUACCCUUUCAGUCCCCCAAGUUUCACAUUUAUUGUUGUCUAGUAUUUUGGUUCUUAGAUAUGGAAGAAUCAGGAAGUUACCUGGUGUCUUUUUAGAAUCCACAGGUAAAGAAAAUUUAAGUUUAUGGCUUUUCUCUCUCUCUCUUUUUAUAUAGCACAUGUGUUUCAAAGAAAUUCAGUAUAUCAUAGAACUGUGCUUUUAUACCUUAAGAUAACAGACAACUUUGUUAUAACAAUAGUUUAAAUACAUGUUUUAGCAUGUAGAGUCACAGCGAGAAGGAAUCUUUGGAUGAGUUUAUUCCAGCACUUUAUGCAGGGCUGAAUUUCAAUAAUAAGCAGUUAUUUUUAUGAUGUAAACCACUCCCAGACAUGCCUUUAUUUGGACAUGUUACAGUUGUCUCAUUUAAAAAUAUCCAGAUCAUA